AUGGCUUGUUGCACGGUGGUGUUACAAGAGCAGCGAAAGAAGAGCAUAUUAUGGGUAUGGAAAUCAAAUAUUGCUCCCUUGGACUUAUCUGUGGGAGAAUGGACGGCUUACGCCGAUGUGGAAAACGAAAUAAUUGAAGAAGCUUAUCAGCGAAAUGAAAGCGAAGCCAUUCUUGAUGAUUUUUAUAUAAACUUCAAACGUUUGUUACAAAUUUCAAACACAAAUGAGGUCGAGCAACGUCCUGUUAAACGUAUCACACGGGAUGAAAAUGAAAAGAAGGUACGCGAAAAUCGAUUUUCACCCAUAACAAAUAGUUCAGUCAAAGCAUUUGCAGACGACGGUUCAACAUUUGACUACGUUGAUAAAGUUGAGGAAAAGUUUAAAUCAUUCUAUCAAUUCGGCGAAGAACUUUGUCGUCUAAAGUUCAUAGAAGCGGCAGCACAUGGACUUCUUACCGAAGGUAAAAGAGCCAGUAAAGAGCGAGAAGGAGAAUGGAUGGCACAGCAAUUAUUUAAUGUGAAAGAAGGCACCGCAGAGGAACUGUAUCCUGUAUGUGCGCGACUCUAUUCGAUGGAUUCUUUUCUUUACAGAAAAAUGAAUGAACUCAUGCGUUUAAUUACAGACUACAAUGGCGAUGGUAAAACUGUAGUUAAUGAUUCCAUUUCUACCUUUGGCCCAUUUAUUUAUCUUCUUGCCUCCUUUUAUCCACCUAACGGAAACAGCUGUAAAACUGUUUACCGUGGUGCUUUAUUAUCGGAUGAUAUGAUAGAUCAAUUCCAACAAGCAUGCAUCACUAAGCAGAUUCAAUCAUUUCCAGCUUUCACGUCUGCAAGUCGAAACAGAGAUGUAGCUGAAAUCUACGCAGGAAAUGUACUUUUCCAAAUCGAUAUCGACUGGGAAGGUUCGGACAUAUCUCCAUAUUCAAAUUUUCCAGAUGAAGAAGAAGUAUUGAUCAAGAAUGACCUUUUGUUUGUGGUUAACUCAGCCUUAUUCGAUACCACAAAGAAGAUAUGGAUAAUACACUUAGAAAGCUCGAACGAACCAUCUAUCUGA